AAGUCUUGGGUGGGUAGACAUCACACCCGGAAGUGGAGCGCCUCCGUAACGGAGAGGUGGCGCGACUGGCGGGCCCGAGGGUCCAGUUUAUUUUGGAGAAAGUCACUGCGUCGAACCUGAGAAGCAGGCUGUGCAGCUAUCGGCCGGGCUGACCAUGGCCCUUUCUGUGGAGACCGAGUCGCACAUCUACCGAGCUCUGCGCACUGCCUCUGGGGCUGCAGCCCACCUUGUGGCGUUAGGCUUUACCAUCUUUGUGGCUGUGCUUGCCAGACCUGGCUCCAGUCUGUUCUCGUGGCACCCCGUUCUUAUGUCUCUGGCUUUCUCCUUCCUGAUGACUGAGGCACUCCUGAUGUUCUCUCCUGAGAGUUCACUGCUGCGCUCCCUCUCCCGGAAGGUUCGAGCACGCUGCCACUGGGUGCUCCAGCUGCUGGCCCUGCUCUGUGCCCUGCUGGGUCUAGGUCUUGUCAUCCUGCACAAAGAGCAGCUUGGCAAAGCACACCUGACCACUCGCCACGGGCAGGCUGGGCUGUUGGCUGUGCUGUGGGCAGGUCUGCAGUGUUCAGGGGGUGUGGGGCUGCUCUAUCCCAAGUUGCUGCCCCGAUGGCCCCUGGCGAAGCUGAAACUCUACCACGCCACUUCCGGGUUGGUGGGUUACCUGUUGGGCAGUGCCAGCCUCCUGCUGGGCAUGUGCUCACUCUGGUUCACUGCCACUGUCACCGGUGGCGCCUGGUACCUGGCUGCGCUGUGCCCCAUCCUCACCAGUUUGGUAAUCAUGAACCAAGUGAGCAACGCCUACUUGUACCGCAAGAGGAUGCAGCCGUGAGUGCUCACCCACUGUUAGAAGCUGGAUCCGCGCCUCGGCACAGGACCAGGGCUGGGAACCCGCUGGACUCUCACAGCUCACUGGUCCCCUGGCUGACUGGUCAGGGGACGUUUCAGGGACUAGGGCACUCGGGUGGAUCUGUGACAGCUUUGUUCCUCCUGCUAGAGUGUCUCCUUCCUUGCUGUCCACCCAGGGGAGCAUGGAUCCUGUGUCUGGAUGAAGCCGGGGUGGCAGCAGUCUCCCCAGCUGCCAUACAGCUUAUAUUUGCACUGGUAUGUCCAGAAAUCAUGGAGGAAAAAAAAAGUAAAAUAAAACAAGCAAACUAACUCCUGAAAA